AUGAAGAUUGUUUUUAUUGCAAAUUUAGAUCUGAUGAUGCCUGCACAAUCGAAACGUCUUCCUCAACCUCGCUUUAAUGUUAAAUGUGCUGCAAUGGAGUUAUUUACUACAUUGCAAGAAGCUGGUAAGGAAAACGCUUAUUUUAUUGCUAUUGUGGUGAAUCAGCAUUCACUCAAAUUGGACCUAGAUGGUUUAGAACUCGCUAUUGCUCCUUAG